AUGAUGGCCAAAUUCACGCUCGUAGGCUGCAUUGCGGCUUUGUCUGCUGUAGUUCAUGCUCAAGUCGAUUCCCAACAAGCGCCCACUAUAUUCGACCGCGUGGAUUUACCAUUCACCUUUACCAAUUGCGCAGCACCCACUGAAAUGGAGACAUGCUGGAAUGCUCAGAACUACACCAAUGAAUACCUCGAUCCAGAGUGUUCGGGUCUACAGCAGAGAAUUGACUGCGCUCUUACAAAUUGCUGGAACAGGGUGUACUCCUGCGACUACCAACAACUGCUGCUCUCAUACAAUUCCACAUGCUUCGAUGCCCACGAAGCCCAAAUUCUGAAUCAGACGUUCACUGCUCCGGAUCUGCCAUUCUAUCCCCCUCCUGCUGAUGCAGCUGGAGCAUGCAGUUGCAAUAUCAGCAGACUCGCUAAUGACCUUAUGGAAGUGAUCACUGAUCCCUAUUUGACCUGUGCCAAAAAAGUGCAGGCUGACAACGGUGGAGACCCUAAUGAUGAAUAUGUGGCUGAUAGCCCUGACUGCGGUUGUUGUCUUUACGGUGCUGCUUCUGCUGCCAUCUGGGAUGACUGCAAAGACCAAGAUCCAGGCUAUAUCGGUCUCACCGCGCUGAAACAAAUCUACGUCGAAUACCGCCAGAGCGGCCCAGAUGGAAGUCUAGCCGAAUGUUCCUCUCGCCUCCAAAACUUCAGCUGUGUUGAUCACGGCUUCGUCGACUACGGGGCAAAUGCUUCCGAGUACGCGAGACCUACGCCUUUGCAUUCAGCUACUGGCACUUGGAGUGAUAUGAACGGCAUCUUGACUGCUCCUGUCAGUGGCGCGACGUAUACGUGGACGGGGUGGAAUGAAACGUUUACGGUUACUGCGAAGAGCGUGGAGGCGGUAGCGAGUAGGAGUGCUAGUGCUACGGGAAAGGAUACUGGAGUCGCUACGGGUAGCAUUACAGGCAGUGUUACGGGAAGCGUGACGGGCACUGCGGUUGGUGGCUCAGCUACGAGUAAGGGUGCUGCUCCCACAUUGAUGGCUGCACAACAGACUGCCGCAGCUCUGGUCGGACUCGGUGGUUUGGCGUUAGCUCUGCUGUAA